UUGGGCGCGCGGUAGAGUUGCGGCCUCAGCCAUGGAUGAGAUCUUUGCCAAGUUUGUGUCCCAGAAGAUCAGCAAAACCCGCUGGCGGCCGGUGCCCCCCGGGAGUCUGCAGCCCCCCGAGACCUUCGCCACAGGCUCUUGGGACAAUGAGGAAAACAGUGUUUCACUCUGGUGUAUUGGAGAUUUUGGUAACUUGAGCUCUGAUGGAGGGUUUGAAGGAGAUCAUCAGUUAUUGUGUGACAUCAAACAUCAUGGUGAUGUAAUGGACUUGCAGUUUUUGGACCAGGAAAGAAUUGUAGCUGCUUCAUCAACAGGAUGUGUAACAGUUUUUCUUCACCACCCAAACAAUCAGUCUCUUUCAGUCAACCAGGAAUGGGUAGGAGCCCACUACCACAUUGGCCCAGGUAGUCCUUCCUACAGGAGUGCACCAUGUACUGGUGUUGUAUGCAACAGUCCAGAGAUUGUUAGUGUUGGAGAAGAUGGCAGAAUCAAUCUUUUCAGAGUGGAUUACAAGGAAGCUGUACGGACUAUAGAUAAUGCAGACAGCAGUACGCUCCAUGCAGUUACCUUCCUCCGAACUCCUGAGAUUCUCACAGUAAAUUCAAUUGGACAGUUAAAGAUAUGGGAUUUUAGACAACAAGGAAAUGAGCCCUCCCAGAUUCUGUCGCUGACUGGAGACAGAGUUCCACUCCACUGUGUUGAUAGACAUCCCAACCAGCAACAUGUUGUAGCUACAGGUGGUCAGGAUGGAAUGUUGAGCAUUUGGGAUGUUAGACAAGGUAGCAUGCCAGUAUCUCUGCUGAAGGCUCAUGAAGCAGAAAUGUGGGAAGUUCACUUCCAUCCAUCCAACCCUGAUCAUCUGUUUACUUGCUCUGAAGAUGGAUCCCUUUGGCACUGGGAUGCCUCCACAGAUGUUCCUGAAAAAUCAUCUCUUUUUCACCAAGGUGGAAGAAAUAGCACGUUAUUAGCUCAUCCUUCAAGUAACCAGCUUAAUGUUAACCACUCCCUUGUAAGUUCCUGGCUCAGCACUGAUCCUGCAAAAGAUCGCAUAGAGAUCACUAGCUUAUUGCCAAACAAGACACUGUCUGUCAACAGUUUGGACGUUUUAGGAUCUUGUCUUCUUUGUGGAACUGAUGCAGAAGCAAUUUAUGUUACUAGACAACUUUUCUCAUGAAUGUUUUGUCGGUUCUCAGUUUUGAUGCCUCUAUUUUAACAGUACUGGCCUUUUUGAAUCCCAAUUUCUAUGUAAACUUCUCAAUAGGAACCUUUUUUUAAAAAUGUGGAAUCAUUAGUAAAUGAACGAACAGUUUUCAGUUUUGACAGUUGGUGUAACUACUACUUAACUGUAAGACUUGGUGUCUUAUGAUAGAAAAGCUUGAAUAUUCAAAAGUAUCAAAGAUAUCUUUGGGCUGCUAUUAUAUGCUUUAAAUUUUUUUAACUUCUAAAAUUUAGCUGCAAUAAUCUUCACAUUACAGUUAUGUUACAUUAUAGUACAUCACAUCCCGUUACAGUAAUGUUUAAGAAGUAGUUAUGAGCAGAGAUAAGCUGAUUUUCUAAGAUUUGUUUUGUUAAGAUAUUUCAUUGUGAGAAUAGUGAUGAUAAUAAGAUAGGGCAAAAAGGUAACUCCAGUUGUACUGUCUUUUCCCUUAUCAACUGAAAAGACUUCCUGUCCUUCAUUAUUGAUGUAUAUGGAACAAAUAUUCAGAAGGACACUAUCCUAGACCCUGAAACUAAUAAAACAACUCUAGUAACAAAGGAAUUUUCCUUUAUAACGUUGGUGAGCAGUCUGCCAGUUUCAUGUUUCUUUAGGAACCACUGGCCAGUAUGGUCUUGUUUUAUUCUUUUAUUUAUUCUUAAUCCUUUAUUUCCAUCUAUUCAACAUUGGUUCUUCUGUAUUAAAUGUGUCUGCUUUCUGAGAAGAAAAGAAUAUUAGUUAGAACUAAUUAAAUAAGUCAAAGUCAAUGUCUUAGAGUCUGGAAUGUUAACAUUUUUAAAAGGUAAAAAAAAUCUAGUUCCUUUACUAAUGCUUUUGAACUAAACAUCAAAUAUUUAAGCCAAAUUGUAUUUUGGUUGAACAUUUAAAAUUUUUUGUUAACACAGAAUUUAAUUUUAAUUUUCAAGAUUUGAUUUAAGAAAUCUUGGUAUAAUUUUGUACAAAUACAUAUAAUGCAGUUAAGAAAUUUGGUGAGCUAAGUUACUUUGUCAUUGGGUAACGUGCAUGUGUGUGAAAAAUGAAUUUGGUCACAUGGUGGGUUGUCUUUGCUCUUAAUAGGAUAUUAAUAUGAAGCAUUAUAAGACUAAUGAAAAUUUGUGUCAAAAUAUAUUAGGUCAAACAGUUUUCUUUAAACUUUUGAGAUUUUAAAUCACAGCAAUGUUGACAUAACAACUACAUACCUUAGGAUUUCAUGAAAAGAAAUGUUUUUAUUUAGCUUUUCUAGUAAAAUAAAUCUUUUCAUUGGAUUUUUAACUGUUCCAGUAUUGCCUUAUAUCUCAUUUAUUUUUUUAAUAAAACUCUAAAGCUGAAUGCAUCUACCAAUUUUUGUCUAUGAAAUAUGGCCAUUAAUUUGAUUAAAGACAUGAACUCGGUAAUUCCGAUUAAGGAGAAAUGUCAGAUUAGAAUACUAGCUAAUACUGAGCAAGAAACAAGAGUUCAGUGUAUGAAUUACCAUAGUGAA